GCCUUGUCCAAAGCUCACGGCGGCUUCGACAACUCCUCCUCUUCCUCACGCUUCGACCAUCGACCGAGCCAGCCGCGAUACCUUCCUUUGGCCCCUCUCAUCGACCAUGUCACAAUGGCCGACUCGGAGACCAGUGCCGCUCGAGCACCAAUGACGAGCGCACAGUUGGUGGAGUUUGUGACAAAGGAGCUCGACGAUGAACAAGAGCGCGAGGCCAAGGCGGCGGCAUUGAGUGCCAGUGAGCUGCCCACGGAUCAGCAGACGGGAUCCACGUUGGAUUUGAGUCACAGGAACAUCAGCGUACUCCCGGCUGAGGUGGUACUGCUGAUCAAAGAUCGCGUCGAGAGACUGGCGCUUUCGCACAACCGCAACAUCCAGCUGCCCACCGCGAUCGCGCAGUGCGACAGACUGCGGUAUCUGAACCUCCGAUGGAACAAACUGAAGACGUUCCCCGACGCGGUGCUUUCACUGCCCAAGCUGGAGAUCCUGGACAUCAGCAAGAAUGCCAUCGACGCGAUCCCGGAGGACAUCAAGAAGAUGACGAAUCUCAAGUUCCUGGCGGUUGCCCGCAAUAACAUCAAGAGACUGCCUCUGGCGCUGGGCGAGAUGAAUUUGGUGAAGCUUAAGUUUGACGAGAAUCCUAUUGAAUUUCCACCGCCGGAUGUCUUCAAGCCAAAUAUGGACAGCAAUGUGGUCGAGUCGGAAAAGGACAAAGACAUGUGCCAGCAAGUCAAACGAUUUAUGAAGGCUGCUGCUCUGCGAGAGCGACUGCUGACGGACUCGGAGGACUUGAGGUAUCGCUCACCCUCCCAACCACCUUCACGCAGAGCCUCGUUGACAUUCAGAAGCAACGCGGAGACGCCCCGUCCUCCACGAAGAGUCGUGACUGGCGGUCGCUUUCCUGUUCGGCCCAGCGUGAGUGGAAUCGAAAAUGUCGAAGGUCUGGCCAAAUCGGACUCUCCCCCGAGUGCUCCUCCGCCAAUACCCAUGCGAUCACAUGCGCGGGGCCCCUCAUCAAGCAUGAAUCCCACUAUCAUUAAGCGACCGGGUGUCUCGCCCCUUCUCACCACUGGCCUGGAUGCUAGCCGGACCAGGAGUGAGUCCUUGGCCACUCCUGCAAACAUUCGGAACCGUCGCCAAGGAUAUGUGCCGCACAAGCACACGAAUCUCAACUCCCUCGACGAGAUGUCAAACCGUAUGGCUCGUUCCAAUCACGCGUCUGCACUGACUCCGCCCCAUUCUCGUGCUCCCAGCGUCAAUUCGGGUUUCCUCAACGUUAGUGGCGGUGAGAGCUCGUCUGGCGCAGUCAGCCCGACCGAUGGCCCUGUCAAUAGGGCCGUCCUUUCGCGCAAGCUGUCAAGCCUUCCCGAGAGCCGGAAUUCUACGGUGCCAACUAUGAACUCCAUCAAGGCCGUGAAGCGAGUUCUUUUCAUUCUCUUCUACCUCCACCGACCGCUGGCCGAUAUUGCCCAACAACUCGGCACUGGCACUCCACGUCGCUCCACGCUUGAAGUCCAACUGGCAACCGCCAACGUGAAGGUGGAAGAGCUGGACCGACUGAUACACAAGGCAAACAACGUCAUGGAGGAUAACAUGGAAGUCGACGGCCCCAUGAUGAUGGCCAUUGUGCGCACCGCCAUUCUUGCACUGCGGUCUUACGUCUUCGUCGCCAAGGAGCUCAAUCGUAAUCGCCAGCAAUGCGUGAAGCGUGUCGAUGCCUUUCAUGUACGACAAGUCAUCACUUCGGUGUACAGCACGAUGGUGGAAGCACGCAACGUCUGCCAACUAUUGGGCUUCAAGACUGUCGCGGCCAACCCACGAGACACGCUGCGAGCAUCUCAAGCAUACAGUAGCCGCACCGUUACACCAACCCAACCAAAGGCACCCGUCGGAACUCGCCGCCGAGGCGCAACCAUUCUCCCAAGUUCGAGUAGUGUUACGAACCUACGCGGAAUGGCGCCCCCGGUGCCUCUUCACACUUCUUCAAGCCGAAGUCAUACUGUCAACUCUUUUGGAGGCCCGGUCACUCCUCGCUGGAACCAAUCAUUCUCAGAGUUGUCCUCGAUGGCGCACAGUCGCCGCCAAUCGCGCAGCAACACCAUGCGCAGCGUGACCGAAAGUGAUGCAGAGGACACGGCAGACCGAUUGUACCUCAGACUCAAAGCCUGCUGCGAUGUCGCUUCUACAACACUCCCACCAGUUCGUGCUGACCUCCACUCACGAAAGUCAGUCGAAGAUCGUGCUGGCAAUCUUCGCAUGGCCAGUCUUUAUGGCAAUGCUAUUCACAAGUGCGACUUUGCGAUUGCUACCAACAACAAGCUGCUUUCGCGCUUGAAAGUGAUGCAUGUCGGCGAUCCUGCGCGUUACCAACUGGAGUUUAAACAGAUGGCGGAACAGUUCACCAAGGACUGGGCGGACUUCGCCGAGGAGAUUAUGACUAUUGCGCGUGAAGGUCUGGACAUUGGGAACAUCAAGCAUUACCUCAAGCCCGUCCACGCUGCCUGUAGAGAAGUCAGACAUGUCGCGCGGACUGUGUCCCCUCCAUCGAAUCGACCACCGCCGUCCGCGGGUAUCGGCUUUCCACCACCACUGAAUACUGCGCUGGCGCAGCAGACGGCAUCUUCUAUCAAUCCACACGUGCCAGUCACUCCACUUGGCGCCGCUUUAGGCCCUGCAGCGCAGGCUACUGUACCACCAACACCUACCACGGCAAUCAGCACUCCAGAGUAUGGCUUCCCGCCAGUGCCUCCGAUGCCCACGAACAUCCCGCCAGCUACGCAAGGAAGGAGAAUGGCCCCUGCUGCGCCGCUACCCACUUAUUACCUGGCAGCAAUGAGCCAUAAGUGAGGACCAUGUGCGACGAAUGCGGGCAAGAGGUUGUCGAACAGGGCCUCGAGCGUUGUUCGAACUGCUAUUUGAAGGCAAGAAGCAACGGCAUGUAAGAUAGACGAGUUCAUGAGUCAUGAAAGAUUACGAUACCC